GUUCAUCGGCGGUUACUCGACGUGUGCUGGCUACGGCGCCGCUACCGUCGGCAAGGACCAGCUGCGCAGCACAUCUCCCUAGGCUUUGAACGCACACCAAGACCAUCACGUGAAACGGACCAUCGCGCAUGGAAUGGGGUGCAUCGACUCCAAAUUCAAGUACGAAGAGCGGCAGGCGAACGCGAUCGCGGCAUUUGUGCAUCAUGCGAUCGAUGGCAAAGUCGACGAACUGGCCAAAGCGAUCAAGAAGGACCGAAAAAAGGUCGUCGGCAUCGACCGAUUUGGCAUGACCGCUUUGCACUGGGCGUGCUACGUAGGCCAAUUGCAGUCGGUCAUCGCCCUCUGCGAAGCAGGUGCUGUCCCGACCCAAGUUGACAACAACCAGCGCAACGCUCUACACCACGCCUGCCGCAAAGGUCGACUCAACGUUGUCGACCACCUCACAAGCCUUUGCGGCAUGAACGUCAAUUGCCAAAGCGGGAAUGGCGACACUCCAUUGCACAAAGCAGUGCUGGCGCCGAGUGUACCCGUGGCCCUUCUCUUGCUCAAGUACGGCGCUGACAAGCACUUGCCCAACACAUACGGUCGAACGCCGGCAUCCGAAGUGCAAACUCGCCUGGGCAAAGGCAACGGAGCGGCGACGAUUCCCGAGGAAGCGGAGCCCGACCUCGACCAAGUGUUCACUCUGGCAGGGGGGACUCUCCCGUGGGAGGACACCGCGGUUGUGCCGUUUGACCAGACGCUGCCACAAAACACCACGACGACUCUCGCGUCGCCCCGCGUCGCUGCCAGCGACGAGACCCCCCUGACGAGCUUGACAGGCUACGACCUGCUCGACGCCAUUUUCAGCCUGCAUGACCUCGUACUAACCCGUGACCAAGGGGCAACCGUCCAGUUCCAACAGCUCGUGGCCACACACUGUUUCGUUGCGUUAUCAUGACCAUCAGUUGCAGCCACUCGUGUUCAUACAAAUCGGACGCGGCCAUCGAAUGGUUCACGAGAGACGUGGCGCAGGGAGAGUUGCUUGAGUUGCGCCUCCAUGACCUGCAUGUUGUGCUCGUACGCGUCGCCCCGAUUGAAGUACCAGUCGAUGAACCGCAAACUCAACUGAACAUGCGCAUCGCACCGAGUGACCCAUUCGUCCAACUUGUCGACGACGGCUUUCGUGGCCGCCGUGACCGCGAGGGGUGUCUAGGGGCAUACCACGGAUUAGCUCACUCGUUACGAGGCCGAGUGGACAACCUUCGUCUGAACCAGCGCUUCCAUUUCACGACGCUGCGCAUCCCAGUCGGUCCUGCUCACCUUACCAUCCAACUACACACAGC